AACACACAGCCAUCGAUCAACCAUUGGCAAAAAAUGCCUAAAACAACGAAAAAAUCAAAAAAAUUAUUAUUAUGGGAUGGUUAUGGAAAACAUUAUCAAAGCCAUUAUCGUCAUCGUCGACGUCGUUGUCGUCUUCGUCGUCAAUAUCAUCAGGAUCAAAAUGAUGAAAAUCGUUAUGAAAUAUCCAAUAUCAUUGAUUAUCGUAUUGUUAUUCAUAAUCAAAAAGAAAUUGUAAAUUUUUUAAUCGAAUGGACUGGUCAUACGGAAAAAUCCUGGGAACCAUUUGAAAAUCUUGAUCAUUGUAUACCAUUAUUAUCGGAUUUUUUUCUUAAAAUUUAUCAACGUUCAAUUUUUGAAUAUUAUAAUUUAAUGUUAAAAGUAAAUAUUGAUUGAAUUAAAAGAUUCAACAAGUCAAAAGAAUUGUGUUGACCGCCCAUCA